AUGGAGGGACUUGUGUCAAUAGUGAUACUGGUGCAAACUUGUUAUUUCCCUGCCUUCGUCCUGCUUUUGUGGUUUAUGACUCUGGGAGAGGCAAGGAAGUCAUUUCUCAGUGUUCUGAAUAGAGCAAAGACUGAAAAACUAUUUUUCACAAAGAAUGAAGAAAUGGUCAUCAGAAGAUCAAGUUAGGCUAAGUGGCCAGACUCCAGCCAUCUCUUUUUGCAAUUAGAUGAUCUUAAACUGCUUCAAGUGGUGACUGUGAAAAACCUCAUGACAGGUGAAGAUGGAGACACAAAUUUGAACAUUCAACUAUGGGAUUCUGAAGGUAGGCAAGAAAGACUCAUUCAAGAGGUAAUGUUAAAGUCAAAGUGCCUAAACAAAGCAAAGAUGGUCUUCAAGGCAUUAAUGCGUAUUGACUGAAAUACCCUAGUGCUUAUUCUAUCAAAGUGUUUUGGUUGCAAUAUUGAAUUGCAGAUGUUUCAAACAGUAUGAAAGACUCCUUUGCCAGUAAUUCUUGGCAAAUUGGGUCAAUUACACAAUUUUUUUCUUAGGCCAUUUUAUGGAUUUCUUUGGACACAGAAUUUGGUGUUAAAAGAGGCACAAAUACGCUUUGGAUUUGUAAUGACCUACACAUGCCCAGGAGGAGUGGGGUCUAUUUCUUUGAUCUGCUUCUAGAUGGAGAUCUCAUUUUUUGCCAUUUUGAUAACUUCAACAUUAUUGGCCCUGAUAAUGAUACUUGCCAAUUCUUAUAUAUAUAGUAGGCUGUUAGGGUUAUCACGUACAUUUCAUGUUGCUGUUUCUAAAAUUGUAUCCAUAUUCCUUUUCAUCAUUCCAACAUCAGUUGGAAUAGUCCUCAAGUGUAGCAUUCCUGAAAAAGCAAACUUCCUGGAGGGAAUAAUUAGACCGAGUUUUAUUUUAAUGUUUGCAGGGAUUUAUUUGACUUUCAGAAUGUUUCUAGAUAACCUAGAGGAGCUUUCAUGGGAUGUCUUAGUUCCUGCUUUGGGUUUGUUAUUUGGGUACAACUUUGUUAAAAUUUUUGUGCUGCCUGUUCUUGUUUGUAAAAUUGUUGCUAUUGAAAGUGGGAUACCGUUUCUUAGCUCUGCCAUUAUUCAUUCUUUUUCACAGUCCAAGGCCGACUUAGCUUCUGUGGCUCCUUUUAUAGUGGCCAUGUAUUCUGGAUGUGAAAUGUUACUGAUCUUUCUGCUUUACAAGGCUAAGAAAAGAUGUAUUCUUAUCAUAGAAGAUAAAAGGAAAAAGAAAUCCCCUGGCCAAACUGCAUUACUGAAUUCCCACUCUGAAUGAGGUACUGUGGGAGAUUCCAAGAAUAUCAAAAAAUGAUGCCUGUUUUCAGUUCACUACAGACCAUUAAUGUACAGAAAUUCAGAGGAAGGUGCCCAUUUUUCAAACAUGUUGGUUUGGAAAUGUUUUAGAGAACUGGAUUUGAAUAGGACACUUUAUUGUCUCUUAAACGGGGACGAGCAAUAAGAAAAUAUUCCUUCUGUAGUGAUUGUGAUCUAUCCCAAGUAUUUAGGGAAGGGAUCUCCAUAGAAUAGGCGGACAGUAAAUGCUCACACAGUGAAUGAAUAUGUAAAUUCCUAUCUGGGUCUCUCAUUGGCUCAUCAGAAUCAGUACGUCUUAAAUGUAGCACCUCUGCUGUCCUAACUGUACUUACCUGGUCUUGCACAUCUCCCACUCAAGACAUUACCAUUUGCCCUGAAACACAGGGUCAUCUCUUCCUCUUCUCCUUUCUUCCUUCAUUCUUUC